GUCAACGAACUCGGCCUUUCCCUCCUAAUCGUUUCCUUUCUUUCCACUGUUUUCUCUGAAACCAAACGCAAGUUUUCCUUUCUUCUUCUUUCAAUUUCAUCAAAUCCAAGUGAGUUUCGGUUUUACAAAACUAUAUAAAACCCUCAUUGAUUCUUCUCAACAUAUCUUCAUCGCAAAAUCUGAUUCAUCACAACUUCCGAUUCCAAGUCAACCGUCGGCGUCAGUUUUUCGCCCAAAUAUCACCCACAAAUUGCGGGGGAAUAGUUUGAGUUGUUAACUUUCCGGCAGAGAUUUAAGGGGAGUGAGGGAGAGAAUUGCAGGAAAUUCUGGAAUGGCGAAGAAGAGGAAAUCUGCGGCGACGAGCCUCGACGAGGUCGAUCGAACGAUGUACUCCACGUUUUGCAGCGCCGCGAAUUCGCUGUCUCAGCUCUACUCGCAGGCCAUGAACCAGCAAAAACUCUCCUUUCAAGCCGGUGAACGACAUGGUUUGGACAAAUUUUAUCAGUGGAUUUUGAGACAACAAGAAGGAGGAUCAAGAGUGACCACAGUUGACUUGAUCAACUACCUGCAGGCUGAGCUGGACUAUCAUGGAGGGGAGCAAUCAUCGUCACCCAGAGCGCAACUCCAGAAUCAACAUUUAAACUCAGGCCUCCUGGUCUCAUCAGGAUCCUCUGGCACACCGACUUAUGGGCAAGGGAUUCGGUCCGAGCACGGUGAUCAACAGUCCAAGAAUAAUGUUUUUUCAAACGCCCUGUCGAGCCCUGUUCGUCGGAGCCUGCAGAACUAUCAUAUUUCUCAGGGAAGCUACUACGAUAAUGGUGUUCAACCCUGUUCAAAUGGAGUCCGGAACAAUGAAUCCAACUUUCCUCAACACCAGAACAGGGAUGUUAAUCUCCUCAAUUCCAAUGACUCUUCCAUGGACAUGCAUACAGAUAGUCCAGGCCAUGAAUCUACCGACUGAAAAUGUAGAAAUUGUCUCUGUCAGAAGCUGCUUGCCGUUUACUGGUCGAAGUCUUCGAAGAACCAUUCUAGUUCUGCUGCUGUAUUUUGUACUGGAAUUGUUAGGAGAGAAGGCACAAAAUGGAGAAUCAGAGAUGGUUGCAACAAAGAAUAGACCAGAGAUUGUUGUUACUUGUUGAAUUCCUAUGAAAUGGACUCUUCUUGUUAUUUUGAUGUAAUUAGCUUUCUAGGGUUUCCAUCUUUUAUGUAAAGUAUUUCUUUUAAUUGAAUUCUUCAAUAUUUGAAUCUGUAUAAUGUUUGUUGCUGAUUA